AUGUCCACCACUCUGAAAUCGCGCAACCUUGAUCUAGAUUGGACACUCGAUGCCGCUUCCUCUCUCGCUGCAGUCGAGUCUAACGUUCUAGCUAAACCGCUGGAUCUAGAUGACCUACAACUUGUGGAAUUUGAUAUGCCUGACCUACAAGAUUUUGCCCGACACCUGUCUCCUCCCAUGUCCCAGGGAUCACUACAAUCUCCGACCAAUGUCACCCCUCGUCCAACAGGUUUUCCACACAACGCCAAUGCCUUCAGUCAGUACCGCGAGGCCCAUUCGAUCGCUCCACAAAGGUCGACACAACAGGGUAUGUCGUGGGGUUUGGCAGGAUACAGCCCAGCCAUUUCUACCAAUGCUUGCACGAACCCUAAGAGCAUUCACCAUCUGCCGGGAAGAGACAUACUCGGCCAUUCUGUCAAUUGCACCGAGUUGCUACCAGACAAUGCCUCCGUUACCGUUGUAGAGGGCGUGGGUGAAAUGAAGAAGGUCCAAACUAAAAGUGAAUCAUCCCAAGCCAAGGUCUUCAAGUGCAGGUGGGAAGGCUGCCUAGAGAAAAGGAACCACUUCAGACGCGAGGUUGAAUUGAUGCGACAUAUCAAGACUAUCCAUGUGUCGCCUCAAGCCUAUCAGUGUGACGAGUGUAACAUGUUUUUCAAUAGGAGAGACAACCUAGAGGCACAUGCUCGUCGUGUCCAUCAAGAUCGUGGGUGA